AUGGCCCAAUAUGAAUCUCCCUACACAUUAACUGGCCCAAAUAAUAUUCAAUUGAAAUGGUCUGAACCAGCCACUGCAUCAUGUGAAGCUCAUGGCGGAAAAUACAGAUAUCAGUCAAGGGAUGAUGGUCAUGAAGGUGAAACUAAAUGCUUCAAGAUGACCCAAGAUGGCCAGAGAAUGAAAGGUGCCUCCAAAAAAUUAAUAAUCCCAGGAAUAGGUUUAGUUUUGCUAGUUAUUGGAGUAUUUUUCGCUGGGCUUCGUCAUCUCCACAGGUCUAAUAAGAAAGAAAAGGAAAAUCAAGCGAGGAUAGAGACAUUCUUGGCAAACUACAAAGCUCUAACACCCACAAGAUAUUCGUAUAAUGAUUUGAAAAGGAUUACAACUCAAUUUAAGGAUAAAUUAGGCCAAGGAGCUUAUGGAACAGUGUUUAGAGGAAAGCUUUCUAAUGAGAUCUUUGUGGCUGUGAAGAUCCUGAACAGUUCAACUGGAAAUGGAGAAGAAUUCAUUAACGAAGUUGGAACAAUGGGAAGAAUACACCAUGUGAACGUGAUUCGCUUGGUUGGCUUUUGUGCAGAAGGAUACCAAAGAGCCUUGGUUUAUGAAUUCUUACCAAAUGAAUCAUUAGAGAAAUUCAUAUAUUCUAAUGACGGUGAUAAUAAUAAUCAUCAUUCCCUUGGCUGGGAGAAAUUACAAGAUAUUGCUCUUGGCAUUGCUAAAGGAAUUGAGUAUCUUCACCAAGGGUGCGAUCAACGAAUCCUACAUUUUAAUAUCAAACCUCAUAACAUUUUGCUUGAUCACAACUUCACCCCAAAAAUCUCUGAUUUUGGUUUGGCAAAAUUAUGCUCCAGGGAUCAAAGUAUUGUAUCCAUGACUACAGCUAGAGGGAAAAUGGGCUAUAUAGCGCCAGAAGUGUUCUCCAGGAACUUUGGGAACGUGUCGUAUAAAUCUGAUAUUUAUAGUUUUGGAAUGCUAUUGCUAGAGAUGGUUGGAGGAAAGAAGAAAGUGGAAGUUAAUUUUGAGAACACUAGCCAAGUCUCCUUUCCAGAAUGGAUAUAUGAUCAUUUGGAUAGAGGAGAGGAGAUAAGAAUCCGAAUUGAGGAAGAAGGCGACACAAAAAUAGUAAAGAAACUGACAAUUGUUGGAUUGUGGUGCAUUCAGUGGUUUCCAGUAGACCGUCCUUGUAUGACAAGUGUGGUUCAAAUGUUGGAAGGAGAAGGAGAUGAUUUAGCAAUGCCUCCUAAUCCUUUCAACUCUACAGGCCUUAACAGAAUGGAAGCAGCCAUGCCUUCAGGGAGUCUUCUUCACCAGCAGUUGGCAGUCAUCUCUGAAACUGAAUAA